AUGGACAAGAUUCCGUAUAAGGAAUGCCAAGAUAAUGAAUUCUUUUCAAUUACUGCUAUCUUUCCCGAUGAAGUUACUGACUUACGAAAACAGACAAAAAGUGCAAAAUGGAAGCCACUUGAAAUGGAAAUUCAAGUAUUUCCUGAAGAAAGCAUGACUAGUGACAACGGACGAAACACCCAAAUUGAUCUUUACGUUAAAUGCUCUGAAAAUUAUCCCGAUGCUUCUCCUUUUAUUGAUAUUAAGAAAUCCAAAGGGAUUUCAAACCAGAAUUUAGCCAUACUCAAGUCUGAGUUGCAAGCCAAAGCCAAAGAACUUGUUGGUAGAGAAAUGAUAUUAGAAUUGGUUUAUCAUUCUAGGUCCUUUUUAUAUAGCCACAAGCAGCCCCAUUAUGAUUCAUUUUUUGAUGAAAUGGUGUGCAAUAAUUUGAAGAAGCAGCAGUUAGAAGCAGAAAGACUUGCAAAACAGAAACAAGAGCUGGAGAAUUUAGAACAACAGAAAAAACUAGCCAUUGAACAAGAAAAACAACGCAAAAUAGAAGCUCUGCGAGAUGCCAACAAGCGGACUCGAUUUGUUGAUGACAACACAACCAAUCAUUUAAAUCCUUCCGUUGAAUUUCGUGGUAGAAGAACUUCAACAUCCAGGCAAAGAAGUAGGAGUACUUCAAUCAGUAAAGAGAAUUGUUCUGCGGAUACUGAUCUGCAACCAGAAUGUAAAGAAGUUUUUAACACAAAACUCAAAUUUGUUGGAAAAAAGGAAUUUAAUGUCAAUUGUGGUCGCUGUUUAGGGCAUAAUGAAAGAGGCUGUGUUACUUAUUAUGGGAUGGAUUCUGGUAGUGGAGUACCUAUCGUUGUCAUUAAAUGGACGUUACAUUUCAAUGUCAGUCACAAACUGAAAGGAGAAGAGUGGGAGGCACUUCAGAAAGAGCAAGCUAACUAUUUAAAACAAAUUGCUGCCAUAGAACAAGAAUUUAAGAAUCUUAGAAAUGCUUCUUUUAAGCAUUUAGUAAACUACUUGGGAAUGAUCUAUUUUUCUCGGAAAGAUAAAAUAAUUAUCUAUGUCCUUCAAGAAUAUGUUUCAGGAUGCAAUUUUGCUCUAAUUUAUAAAGAUAUUCGACCGACUAUUCCACAGUUGCAGCAUUAUUCACGAGAAAUUCUUAAAAGCUUGAAAUAUUUGCACGAAAAUUCAAUUGUGCAUAAAAAUCUUCGUUCCUCAAGUCUAUUUCUCGAUAAUUCUGGAAUAAUCCGUGUUGCCGAUUUCAGCUUGGAUAAAAAGUUAUACGAUUUGUAUAGGUCCCUUACAAAAGAAGAAGAAAUUGAUGUCUAUCCACCAACCAUUGGCAAAGGAGGGAAAAAAAGUGACAUUUAUCGUCUUGGUGUGAUAUUACUCUCUUUCUUACUGGAGGAACUUCCCAAAACAUCUCCUGUUAUCAUUCCUGAAUAUUUAAAUCCUACUUUUAAAGACUUCUUAAAUAAAUGUUUAUUACAUGAUGAGCAAGAACGGUGGUCAGCUGAACAGCUGCUCUCUCAUCCAUUUCUUGCUCAUCAAUCUGUUUGUGGAAUGUUGCCGAAAGACAUUGAAAUGAAUGACGACAUAGAAGAUGAUUCUAUGAACAUUUUACUAUCGGACGAAGGCAUUCAAGGUUCUCGUCUGCGCAAUGAGUUUGAUGUGUUGAAAGUUUUAGGAAGAGGUGGUUUUGGGCAUGUGUGGAAAGUCAAAAAUAAAUUAGAUGCUCGAGUAUAUGCUUUGAAAAGGAUACCUUUAAAUCCUUCCAAUAAACAGCUGAAUCGUAAAAUUAAGCGUGAAGUGAAACUUUUGUCUAGAUUAAAUCAUGAAAAUAUUGUUAGAUAUUAUAAUUCAUGGAUAGAGGCAACUCCUGAAGUCGAAAGAAACUUAGAUGUGCUUAAUGAUAAAUCAAGCGAAAAAGAAAUGGAUGUUGUUGACUCACUUGGAGCACAAUUUUCAUCUUCAGUGCAGUGGGAAAUUCAUGAUAAGGAUUUAUCCUCAUCAGAAGAUGAAUGUGAAGAUGAUGAUUUUAUAGUUUUCUUGUCAGAUAAUUCAGACAGUAAUGAAAAAGGAAAUGAAAAACAUGCAAAUGCGAACAGUGACGAUAGUUCAACUAUUGAACAAGUGACCACAGACUCUGACAGCAGCAAAUCUACAAGUAAAGUUCGCCAGUUUAUGUAUAUUCAAAUGGAGUUUUGUGAAAAAAGUACGUUGAGAACUGCUAUUGAUAAUGGCUUGCAUAAUGAUGUUUCUUUGGUGUGGAGAUUGUUUAGAGAAAUUGUUGAAGGUCUUCAUCAUAUUCACCAGCAAGGUGUUAUUCACAGAGAUUUAAAACCUGUAAAUAUUUUUCUUGAUUCUAAGGAUCAUGUUAAAAUUGGAGAUUUUGGUUUGGCUACGGAUGUUAUUUCAAAGCCGUUUCUUGGUGAUAUUAAUUUUAGCGAUCAAGACCAGCAAUCUCGUUCUGAAUUGGGUGAUGGGACUCAAACCGGAAAUGUUGGUACUGCGUUCUACGUUGCUCCAGAACUUGCAACAUCCUUUAAAGUCAGCUAUAGUCAAAAAGUAGAUAUUUAUAGUUUAGGUAUUAUAUUUUUUGAAAUGUGCUACCCGCCUCCUGUUACUGCUAUGGAGAGGAAUGUUAUUAUAUCAAACUUACGACAUCGAGAUAUUGUAUUUCCAGCAAAAGCCAGUGAAAUGCUGACGGAAGAGAUGCUACAGAUAAUUAAAUGGCUUUUACAACAUGAUGUCACCAAGAGGCCAAGUUCUAAUGAACUCAUCACUUCCAAAUAUAUUCCCCCCUUGCUCAUGGAAGAAACGGAACUGAAUAGUCUUUUGUAUACAACCGUUUCUAACCCACAAAGCAGAAUGUAUAAACACAUGAUUAAUGCUUUAUUUGAUCAAGAAGUUUCAACAGAAUUUGAUUUUACAUAUGAUAUUGAUGUGUUCAGAAGCCCAAGCCUCAAAAAUAAACCUAAUCAGCUGUUUAGUAAUGUCAUGGACACGCUCAAUAAAAUAAUGCGGCUUCAUGGUGCGGUGUAUUUUUCAGUGCCAACUUUAAUGCCAAAGAGUUCAGUCAUUGAAAAUGAAAAUUGUGUCCAUGUUAUGGAACAUGGUGGAGGUAUGGUUAUGCUGCCGUAUAACUUGCGUAUACCAUUUGCUCGGUACAUAGCGAGAAAAGAAAUUGAUUUCUUUAGACGUUAUUCCUUGGAGAAAGUAUUUCGGCAGCAAAAAGUGUUUGGUUGCCAUCCCAGAGAACAAUAUGAAUUUUCUUUUGACAUUGUGACCCCCACUCCAGAUUCCUUUUUGCCUGAUGCUGAAGUUCUUUCUGCUAUCUCCGAAAUAAUUUCUGAAUUCACGUCAUUGGAAUCCAGAAAUUACUAUAUUCGCUUAAAUCAUGCAUUACUUCUAAAAGCAAUAUUUUUAUAUUCCGAAAUAGAUGAAAGUCUUGAAAAUGAAAUUUAUGAAAUAGCAGGGCAACAGAAAAACAAAACAAUUACAAAAGCGUUAUUGAUGGAUGAGCACAACUCCUUUGAAUUAAAUCAAAGGUCUCUCAGCAGGUUGAGUCAGUUCAUUGAAAUUGAAGAAGGGAUUGAAAAGAUGACCAAUGUUCUUCACCCAGUCAUGCAAAAGAAGGGCAAAGCGUGCAUGUUGGCUAGGAGUUGUUUGAAAGAGUUGGAAAACAUCAUCAAUCUUGCUCAGACGUUAUCCAUUAAGCUUCCUAUUCUCGUGUGCCCAGGGUUAGUGCAUAACAUAACAUCCUUCUCUGGGAUGUUGUUUCAGUGUGUUUGCAAACUUAAAACUUCCAAGAGAAAAGGAAACAUUGACAUUUUGGCGGUUGGAGGACGCUAUGAUAAAUUAAUUGGCUCAUUCAAACUGAAAGUGGAGACUGGGAAAUCUUUGAACCAAUCUGCUGUAGGUGUGAGCAUAGCAAUUGAAAGCAUCGUUGCUGCUGAGCUGGAGGCUAAUGUGAGCCAAGAGCCGGGGGUUGCCGACUUCCUCAUUCAUUCCGAGGAUAGCGGUUUAGCGGUGGAAAAGGCUUCGUUGCUCAAAGAAUUGUGGGACCUUGGGAUCAGAGGGACAGUUCUUUAUGACAAAAACAUGACCUUUGACGAUGCUGCUGAUUUCUGUAGAAAUCACGGAAUACAGCACAUUCUUUUCAUUCGGAAGGAAGAACCGGGCAUCAUAAAAAUACGAUCCAUUGAAAGAGACAGAGUUUAUGAAAAGAAGAUCAUUCAUUCUGAGUUGAAAGAACAAUUACUAAAACUCUGCUCAAAGUCUCAGCAAGAAAAUUCUUUGGUGAAAAUUGAAUGCUCACGCAGUACUUCAUUUACUAACUGUAGCUCCAACAACUUGUUGGUUAAUGUGCGUUUUCUACCUCAGGAUAAAACGCAUGCGAAUCGUAAACGAGAGCAAAAUAUUCGGACUCAUGUGAUAUCUACCUUGCAGCUCUCUUCUAGUCGUGUCUGGGAGUUAGUCCCAGUGGACCUCAAAAUGGCAGUGGUGGGAACAAUCAUCUCUGUGUGUGAUAUUUCCGCAAAUGUGGACAGUAUUCAGAGAAGUUUCGAUGUCAUUAUAGAUGAAUUCACCAAAUACAAAAAAUAUCUCUCUCAACUUUGUGAGGAAAUUUGUGAUAUUAAAGCCAAAAAGUCAGGAUGUGCUAUUGUUAUUUAUAGUUUGCCCGAUAAUAAUUUCAAGGUCCUUUUGUAAUACCCAUGAAUAUCAUUAUAUGUUUUUUCACUACACAAAUUUCUAUUUCCCUUUUCUCACCAGGGCUCGCGCUAAGCAUUCACCACCGCGACAAAUUCAUAAAUUCGGCAAAGAAACUCUGAUUUGGCGAACGGAAAGAACUCAGAAAUUUCCCCCUGGAAAAAGGAAGGAAUUCAAUGUCUUAUGCAUUGAUAUAUCAUAACCUUACGAAGUGUUUAUUAAACUUAAGUAUAUGCUGCAUAUUUAAAGCACUUGCAUCGUAUAACAAUAAAUAAACAAAAAAUUCUCAAUUCAAGUUAAUU